ACUAUUUUUUUUAACAGAAACUGAAGUUAACAAGUUGAAAGAAAAGAAAGGGAGAAAACCCAAAAAAAAAAAAAAAUUGUGCAUAAAGUGUUCUCCUCCUCAUUUCUCACUCCCAAGUCCCUAAACCCCUGAAAAUCACUCACUACUACUACUUCUGUGAACUGCUUCUUUAAUUUCAUCCAAUGCAUUAGAACAACAAGAAGAAGAUGAUGAUUUCAACAAACAACCUUCUUUGCAAAAAUCUUGAUUUCACUUCUUUCAACAAAACCCAAUUUUUAUUUACCUCCCAAAACCCCAUUAUUUCUUCUUCUUCUUCUUCUUAUAAUAAAUUGAGAAUUCCUUUGAAAGUUCCCAACUUUAGUUCUAUUAAUUCCUUUAUUCGUCUCUCUCACCCCAGAAAACCCCUCAAUUUUACAACCCAUUGCUCUUUUAACUCCAAAUUAACAUCAACGGGUGAAAAACAAGCAGAUGAAGUUGAACAAGAGGAUGCUGAGGCACUUGAGCUUUUUGAGAAAUUGAGGGAUGCAGAAAGGGAAAGGAUAAAGAAGCAGGAAGAGUUUGAAAACAAAGCAAAUGUACAGCUGGAGAGGCAGCUUGUAAUGGCUUCUGAAUGGAGCCGCAUCUUGUUGACUAUGCGUGGGAAGUUAAAAGGAACUGAGUGGGAUCCUGAGACUUCACACAAAAUUGACUAUAGUGAUUUUUUGAUGCUAUUGGACUCUAACAAUGUCAAAUUUAUGGAAUACUCGAACUUUGGUCAGACUGUAUCAGUGAUACUGCCCUACUACAAAGAUGGGGUAGAUGAAGGAUUAGAAAAAAACUCCAAAAAGGAAGUUGUUUUUAAGCGCCACAUAGUUGACCGGAUGCCGAUUGACUCUUGGAAUGAUGUGUGGCGUAAGUUGCAUCACCAAUUGGUGAACGUCGAUGUGAUCAAUGUGAACACAGUGUCUGCAGAAGUCUAUUCUUCUGUUGGAACAGCUGUCAUAUGGUCUAUGAGGCUAGCCCUUUCGAUAGUGUUGUAUCUUUGGAUUGAUAGUGUUACAAGGCCAAUUUAUGCAAAGCUAAUUCCUUGUGAUUUGGGGAAACCCGGCAAAAAGGUGAGGCUGCCUCGUAAAAAGCGUAAUUCAUUAGGAUCAAUGGGAAAGAGUCGGGCGAAAUUUAUAUCUGCAGAAAAAAGAACAGGAGUGACAUUUGAUGAUUUUGCCGGCCAAGAGUAUAUUAAAGGAGAAUUACAAGAAAUUGUAAAAAUCCUGAAAAAUGAAGAAGAGUUUCAAAAUAAAGGCAUAUAUUGCCCUAAAGGUGUGCUACUUCACGGGCCUCCAGGAACUGGUAAAACACUAUUAGCUAAAGCUAUUGCUGGGGAAGCAGGACUUCCUUUUUUUGCUGCCAAUGGGACUGAUUUUGUAGAGAUGUUUGUUGGUGUAGCAGCAUCUCGGGUGAAGGAUCUUUUUGCUAGUGCUAGAUCAUAUUCCCCUUCUAUCAUUUUUAUUGAUGAGAUAGAUGCUAUUGGCAGCAAACGUGGUGGCCCUGAUAUUGGUGGUGGUGGGGCUGAAAGAGAACAAGGUCUGCUUCAAAUAUUAACUGAACUGGAUGGGUUUAAAGAGUCCACUUCACAGGUGUUGGUCAUUGCAGCAACAAAUAGGCUAGAUAUUCUUGAUCCUGCCUUGCUGAGAAAGGGAAGAUUUGACAAGAUUAUAAGAGUUGGUCUGCCCUCCAAAGACGGCAGAUUGGCCAUAUUGAAGGUACAUGCAAGGAACAAGUUUUUCCGUUCAGAAGAGGAAAAAGAAGUUCUGCUACAGGAAAUUGCGGAGUUGACUGAAAAUUUUACUGGAGCCGAGCUACAGAAUAUUCUCAAUGAAGCCGGAAUAUUGACUGCUAGGAAAGAUCAAGACUAUAUUGGCAGAGAAGAAAUGCUGGAGGGGUUGAAAAGGCAACAAGGUACAUUUGAAACUGGAAUAGAAGAUACAAAAGUAAUUCCAGAGGAUUUGAAGUUGAGAUUAGCAUACAGGGAAGCAGCUAUUGCUGUCUUAGCUUGUUGUUAUCCUGACUCCUAUCGCCCUUUUGUUGAGACCAACAUCAAGUCAGUCCAAAGUCAGCCUAGUAUGAGUUAUGCUGAAAAGUCUGGUCGGGUUUUCUUAAAAAAGUCAGAUUAUGUGAACUCCAUUGUUCGAGCUUGUGCUCCCAGGGUCAUUGAAGAGGAGAUGUUUGGGAUAGAUAACAUGUGCUGGAUUUCAUCCAAAGCUACUCUUGAAGCUUCAAGAUUAGCUGAAUUUUUGAUUUUACAAACUGGGAUGACAGCUUUCGGAAAAGCAUAUUAUAGAAACCAGCGUGAUCUUGUCCCAAAUCUUGCUCCCAAACUUGAAGCUCUAAGAGAGGAAUACAUGGGUUAUGCCAUAGAAAAAUGCACAUCUGCUUUGAGGGAACACUGUGCUGCAGUGGAGACAAUUACAGAUGAACUCCUUGAAAAGGGGGAGAUUAAGGCUGCAAAAAUUUGGGAGAUUUAUGAAACGUCUCCUCGAAUAUCUCAGCCAACUGUUGACCCUGUUGAUGAGUAUGGUGCUUUAGUUUAUGCUGGAAGAUGGGGUAUUCAUGGUAUCAGUUGUCCAGGAAGGGUUACCUUCUCACCUGGUAAUGUGGGAUUUGCAACCUUCGGGGCACCUCGUCCCAUGGAAACGCAGAUUAUUAGUGAUGAAACCUGGAAGCUAGUAGACAAUAUUUGGGAUAAAGGGGUUGAGGAGAUGAGAAAUGAAGAUCCAGAGGAGGUGGAAGAAGAGGAGAGGCCAGAACUCUUGCUGGCCAGCCAUUUCCUAUGAUAUCAUUAGUAGGACUCAUCUGAUGUUGUAUCUCUUCUUUGAUGUUACUAUGGUUUGAAAUGAUAUCAUCAUGGAUAUUCUAUGCAUUCCAAUGGCUUUGCUCGUUUACAGCAGAUUUAGAUAGCGAAUAGCGAUGUAAGGGGCCCUUUCGGCCUCAUGCAAUUCGAGUUUCUUCAUGAAGAAGCUGCUUAUCGAGGGAAAUUUAGACUCCCAGAUGAAAUCUUCACUUUUUUCUAGCAUCUGCUUGCUGCCCUUUUGAUUCUUAAAAGUUUGUUAGGUGUAAAGCAAAUUGUUGUAUGUUGCAUUUUGUAGGAAGAAUUCUUUGUCAAGGUGAGGAAGAAGAAUGAAACACAAGUUGGAUAAA